CACACCUCCACAAUGUUCUCCUUCCCCCAGACCCCACCAGCAGGAACACGUAAACGUCAUUGAAUCGAGGAUCGAAUCAAACGCAACUCCAUUCACUUGAUAUCGUCGAUAUUCGUAGAAGCUAGAGAGGCCAGGCCAGGCCAGGCCCCAACCACAGCUUUCCCAACUUGGUGAACCCCGAAGUUAUGUUGCGCGCAACGAGCAGCCGAUUGGCGCGAGCCACACCUCGAGUGGCAGCUCAACAUUACAAGCCCUCGAUCUCCUUUCCAGAUCGAAAAGCUCCCAAGGAUAAGCACGAGCCACACGCACACCCUGCAGCACCUACCGACAUUUCCUCCAACUUUUCGCACUUCCAGGAGGUCUUCUCUUCUGGACCUCACUUCAACCCAGACAAGAUCCAGGAUAUCUCUAGUCUGGCUGAGAACCCUAGAGCUGAAGGCGAAGGAGUGGCCGGAAGCCAGGGCAAAGCGGCAAAGUUGGCAGAAGGAACGGUGGAGGAUUUGCACAAGCUGCCAAAGAGGUUCUGGGACACACCUAGCUUGAGAUGGAACGAGGACGAAUUAGAAGCAAUUAUGACUGGCGGCGCCUCCACCUCUAAGGCGCAUUGAGACAAUGGGCGCUCGGAUGCCACAAACGUCACAAUGUUUUCGGCGAUUGCAAUCAUGAUUACAUGCGCGCCUCGUAGAGCUAGAUCGGGGAGGCAUGCCAAUUACGGAGCGUUUCGUGUCAUGGAUGCUCGGUGUCACUUGCAGCUCCUCGCUCGGACGAGGAGCAGCUCUGUGCAAACCUCGAAGAUGCUUCCUCUGUCGAGUAUUGAGAACCCAGAGUUGGCAGCGCUCCCCUUUCGCCAUCCCAGAUUGACAAAGGAUCUGCAUAGGCUGAGUGGUGAUCUGGAGCGAUCAGGUACGAGCCUGCUAUGUGUCCUUUGUCAGUAACAUGUCUCGCAAAUUCAUGGGAGUGUGUCACAUCCAG